GCGUGUAAUUGCAAAAAUAUACAUGCAUGUACACGCACCUAUACAACGCAGUUGUGCGAAACACUACCCACGCACACAUUUGUGUGUAUGUGCGCACGGUACGCAGACUGACAGCUGCCAACACGAGAAGCAGGAGUGGCGGAUCAUGUAAGGAUACUUGUCGUGUCGACGAAACAACUUGCUAUCUCAGUAGCGGUUACACUGCCAAGGGUACAUUAGACAUUUGGCAGGAUAGGUAGACGCAGGAAAAAUAGCGAGCGAAGGAACAGGCGAUUCAAAGGCGGAAUGACACGUCCUCCUAACAAUGACAACCUCAUGACCUUUAAGCUGGUCGUUGUUGGAGAUGGAGGGGUUGGCAAGAGCGCCCUUACUAUACAGUACUUUCAGAAACUGUUUGUCGCUGACUAUGAUCCGACCAUUGAGGAUAGUUACAUCCAACACACAGAGGUGGACGAACAGUGGUGCAUUCUGGAUGUGUUGGAUACAGCUGGUCAGGAGGAAUUUAGUGCCAUGCGCGAGCAGUACAUGCGGACAGGCGACGGAUUCCUUUUGGUAUACUCUGUGACCGACAAGCAGUCGUAUCAAAAUAUCGUCAAUUUUUAUACUCAAAUCCUACGAGUGAAGGACAGGGACGUGUACCCUAUGCUGUUGGUGGCCAAUAAAGUCGAUCUGGUACAUCUAAGGAAGGUCACAGAGGAACAAGGAAGAGAAUUGGCUUAUCGUCUGGGCAUAUCUUAUAUCGAAACUUCUGCCAAAGAUCCACCAUUAAACGUGGACAUCGCAUUUCACGAGGUCAUUCGCACUAUCAGAAACCAACCGCCAAACGAAUUGAAGAAGAAUCAAAGGAAACGACGGCUCUCGAGAAAAUGUAACAUUUUGUAAGUCUCGUGGAAGGAUGGAAGGUGUACGUGUAACUCGCGCGCAGAGAUCAAGGACCACGUUGUUGCCGAGCCAAAAUCGCGCAACGCCUCUAUUACUUCCUCGAGAGAGAGAUUGAGAGAGUGCGUCCUUGUCGCGUCGCGUUGAACUUUCGGCAGAUCCUUUGGAAAGAACGAUUCUCUUCUUCUCCAGUACAUAUAUAGGUAUCUAUGACUGUUUUUUACCUUCUGUUCCAUGUUACCACGGUAGUACCACGAUCAGUGCUACUAUGGAAUAUAUUUUUCUGUAUUUCGCGAACGUAAAAUCUACAUGGAAAGUAGACAUCGCAGAAGGCGUGCCAAUGCAAAGCAGGAGGAGAAAAAGGAAAAUCGCGAAAGUUACGGCGCCUGUACAACCGCGCGAGAAUGAGAUUAGAGAUUUCUUUCUUUAGUCUGAUUGACUGGAUUAAUUUGAUCGGUAGUCCGGGGGGGAGGGGGAAAUAGAGAAAAGAAGAAAACGAAUUAGAGACCUUGAUUGUUCAUCCUCUCGUAUGACAAAUCGAGACUACGUCUCUAGCCACGCGUACACAUCAAUUUUCUACCAUCGAAAAAAAAAUAAUAUGGAAUUGAGCGUUUUUUAUUGGACGACGCAUAAUAUUAGAGGAGUUUUUUACUUCUCCGCGAGAUCUUUGUCAUGAAAUGACUAUAAUGAUUUCGUAUAUCGAAAACUCACCUUGUAUCGAGCUCACUUUUCACGUAGCCGUUUGUAUAGCUUUAAGCGUAUUUAUUUUCGUCACAUCAGUCAGGGGCUUUUCCGUUCUCUCGUAGUCGGGACGUUCCCUCGUCACACGAUUUAUCACAUUUUCUAUGAUCGAGCACAUUAAAUGUGUGUCCUUUCGUGACUCGAACCCUCCCGUUUUUCUACGCUAGACAUACUUAGGGGGAGCGAUAUUAUUACGAAUUGUUUGCGUAAUCGAUAGAGACGGGAUAGUAUAUUGUGCGCAUCAUUUCACGUCUUACGCGAGACAAAAAGUAACAAACUGUAUGGUGCGAGGGAAGAGAAGAAUUAAAAACAAUCGAUACGAUCGUUAGAUCGCAUAAAAUAUCGCCAAACAUGACUGAGAACGGAGUGAAAUUAUGAAAUAAUUUUUGAUUAUAGUCGCGGUUUUUAUCGAUCACCGUUACACACACUAUUAAUUAAUCGUUAAUAUUUGACGGCCCAUUUUCGUCAACGAAGGUCACACUGGCUGCUGGUGCACAAAUAAGCUAUAUUUAUGCGAAUCCGGCAAAAUAAGAUGACUCGGGUGAGAUGCAAUGUAUCGCCUUCGCUACAUUUACCUCCGCCAGUUAUUGACUUUUGUACAGGCCAGAAGUCUGAUAUAAGAGACUCAUAUAGUAUUAUGUUGAUAGACUGUCUUUGGUUCAUUACGACGAAAGCACAAAUGAGCACCGCGUGCUUCUAUCGCGCCGUUGAUUUUCGACUGUAUUAUUUGAAAAGAAGCUCGCAACGCGUUUCUUCGACUGUCAUUAGUUUCUCUCUCUCUAGGGACACUUCGCAUUAGGUUUACAUAGGUUUUCAGAUCGUUAUCGCCUAAGAUAAUUCGGACGCCAAAUAAUUCAUGGUGAUGUAUUAAAUAUGUGGAUUUGCGUUUGGAGUUUCCGUAGUUGCUCAUUCGGAGGACAGCAAAAUUACCAGAGGCUAUUCAAGUUAUCUUUUCGCUCGCGUUCAGGUUGGAGGCAACAUAACUCGAAGGCAACAUAGUCGAUUGUUGUCUUGCUUCGUUAUAUCGUCCGUUGAGCAAUUUUGAAGCUAGAGCUUCUAGCGUCGAGUCGUUUACUUUGAGUAUAUUCUUACGAUCGCAUCAGAAGUGACUCAUUUUUAUUCUUGAUAUUCCCGAUUUAAUGGCU